AAGCAUCGUAGAAGACGCAGCUUACGCGCUGAGCUAGCAAGCACAGAUCGAACAGUUGGGCUAGAAACAAUGCAGCUGUCACGUGCGCUCCGCACCGCGAGCCGCGGCACGCGUUUCGCCGCCCGGCCGGCCAUGAGCACGGCUGCGGCCAAGGCUGAUGGAUCCGAAGCUUUUGUCGGUGCAAAGCGGCGCAGGACACGGGUGCCUUCGAAACGACUGAUCAUGCGACGCGCGUCGUGGAACUGAAGGCACAUCGUAACGAAAACCGGUCGACGUGAGUCGGCCACCGCGCGCGGCGCCGACGCGACCAGGCAAGACGCCAUCGACGAGACGGCUCGAUUGCAGGAGAGGACUCACCGCGGAAACGCCAUCACGCGUCACGCACGCAGGCAACGCCCUCAACAAGCGCCUCGUCGAGACCGACCCCGAGCUCCACUCGAUCAUCGAGGGCGAGAAGGGCCGCCAGCGCGACACGCUCGCGUUGAUCGCGUCCGAGAACUACACGUCGGCGAGCGUCUUCGAUGCUCUCGGUUCCGUGAUGAGCAACAAGUACUCGGAGGGCUACCCCAACGCGAGAUACUACGGCGGCAACGAGUACAUCGACCAGGUCGAGUUAUUAUGCCAAAAACGCGCCUUGGAGGUCUUCAAGCUCAACCCCGACGAGUGGGGCGUCAACGUGCAAUCCCUGAGCGGCUCCCCGGCCAACUUCCAGGUCUACACGGCCUUACUCAAACCGCACGACCGCAUCAUGGCCCUCGACUUACCGCACGGCGGCCACCUGUCGCACGGCUACCAGACGCCCACCAAAAAAAUCAGCAUGACGUCGCUCUACUUCGAGACGAUGCCGUACCGCCUCGACGAGUCCACGGGACUCAUCGACUACGACGCGUUGGAGGCGUCGGCGAAGUUGUUUAGACCCAAGCUCAUCGUCGCCGGUACCUCGGCCUACUCGCGCGCGGUUGAUUACCCGCGCAUGCGCGACAUCUGCGACCAGAACGACGCGGUGAUGCUCGCGGACAUGGCUCACAUCUCCGGGCUCGUGGCCGCCGGCGUCGUGCCGUCGCCCUUCGAAUAUGCCGACGUCGUGACGACGACGACGCACAAGUCGCUGCGAGGCCCGCGCGGCGCGAUGAUCUUCUACCGCAAGGGCGCCAAGGCCGACGGCACGCAGUACGAGUUGGAAGACGCCAUCAACUUCGCGGUGUUCCCCGGAUUGCAGGGCGGCCCCCACAACCACACGAUCGCGGCGCUCGCCACGGCCCUGAAGCAGUGCUCCGAGCCCGGGUACGUCGCGUACCAGGAGCAGGUCCUGGCCAACUCCGCGUCGAUGGCCAACGCCCUCACGAAGAAGGGCUACGCUCUGGUGAGCGGUGGCACGGACAACCACCUCGUGCUUGUAGACCUGAAGAACAGCAAGAAGAUCGACGGCGCGCGCGUCGAGGCCGUCCUCGAGAAGGCGAACAUCGCCCUGAACAAGAACACGAUCCCGGGCGACAAGUCGGCCCUGUCGCCGGGCGGCGUGCGCAUGGGCGCGCCGGCGUUAACGAGCCGAGGCUUCGACGAGGCCGACUUCGAGACGGUCGUCGACUUGUUCGACCGCGGCGUGCAGAUCGCGCUCGACGUCAAGGCCCAGGGCGGCAAGCUCAAGGACUUCCGCCAGAAGAUCACGGAGGGCGCGAACGCCGCGGCCAUCGAGGCGCUCAAGAAGGACGUGUCUGCUUUUGCUUCCGGCUUUCCCCAGGUGGGCGUGCCGGACGCCUAGAGAAUCCCCCCCUUUAAUCUUCACGACUGUAGUUCUCGUCGACGGCGUCGGGGUGUGGCGUUCUUUCCCUGAGAGCGAUUCAGAC